AUGGCUUCGACCGAAAUUAAUGGUGGAAGCUCCAGCGCCGACAGCCUGUCUGCCGCCGAGCGGCUGAUGCAAAAGCAUGCUUCUGAAGACGCGCACCCUACUGUGACACUCGAGGAGGUUCCCGAUGAGGAGUUUGUGGCUCACCCGCCGCCAUCUGGCAUUCCCGCCGAAUCCGCUGCGUCUGGCAAGGCUGCCGGCAAGCAGCCGGUGCGCGAGCAGAAGCCCUCGACCAAACCCGCACUCGACACUCAGAACGAGGAGCUUUUCCCCGCCCUCGGUGCUUCCAAGACUCCUGCUGCCGCCGCACCGAGCAUGUGGUCGAAGAAGCCGGCUGCUGUCGGAAAGGCUGCGAACGGCGUGUCCAAUGGUGUCGCUGCCGCUGCUCCUCGUUCAUCCGCGCCAUCUUCCGGACUCGUUACCCCGAGCUCUACUGCUGGAUCCUCGCGCGGCCCAACUCCGCAGAUGARCCUCCCUGGUCGCUUCAGCGAGCGCAUUCAGCUCCACUCCUCGAUGUUGACACCCAAGAAUCAGCUCAAGAAACCCGUCGCUGAGGUCCUCCGCGAGAUCAACAAGCGCUCAAAGGCCAAUGUCGAGAUGAAGUCUGGACCUAACAACUUGAUCAUCUUUGAGGGUUCUGGUCCAGUUGACGCUGUCCGCAUCGCGUUGAAGGAGGUUGCUGUGCAGCUGUGUGCCAAGCAAUCCCAAAAAGUCCCCAUUCCCGUUGGCGUUCGUGGCAAGAUUGUUGGAAAGCAGGGUGCGACUAUUCAGGCCAUCUCAAAGAAGACCGGCGCCAAAAUCAACAUCACGAAGCAAGAUGCUGCAGAUAUACUCGAUGAUGACGAUCUGGACGCCACUGUCGACGUUCAGAUCGAGGGCGAUCCAUUCGCGGUGGAGAUGGCCAAGCAGGAUAUCGAGAAGAUUGUCAAUGAGCACACCUCGACUGCCAACACGCGCUUGAAGCACGUUCCUGCGGAGUAUUACCCCUUCUUGAACCAGCAGAUUGCCACCCUUCAAGGAGGACGUAACCUGCAGAUGCAAAUCCCGCAAUAUCACACCUGGAACACACAGGCUCCUGCUUCAACGGCUGCAGCUUUCACGYCUCAAGCAGGACUCCCAAUCUCGAUUGCAGGCGAUCGCCAAGCUGUUGCAGAGGCCCGUGCCGAGAUCGACCGCCAGGUUCAGCAGCUACAGAGAAAGCUCAUGUUGGAAGAGAUGCCCGUCGAACGUAACAGACAUCAGUUCAUUUUUGGUGACAAGGGUACCUCUCUCGCCGAAUUCGUCAAGGAAACUGGCUGCUCCAUCAUUCUUCCACCUGAUCAUGACGAUUCCGAGACCCUCUAUCUCAUYGGACCUGCGGAUAGCCUUCACCAAGCCAAGGAACGUGUUAUGGAUUUGGCAUCAAGCAUGACCAUGGCCAGUGCAGACAUCUCUCGCCAGUUCGCAAGUGCUCCUCGAGGUGCUCAGGUCCACGCCCGCGAUGUUACGCGCUACCUGCAGCAACAGCAGGCAGUCAAGCAGCUGGAGCGCACUCACAAUGCCAGCAUUGUACCAGACGCUAACGGGCUGUGGAACAUCUACGCACCAGACAACAAGGCCGCAAUGAAAGCACGCGCAGACAUUAUGAGCCUGGUCGGUGCACACCCGCCAUCUCGCUUCCAGCCCGUUCAGGUUGAUCCCUUUUACCACGCUCACAUUCGGGAUCAAGCUGCUCGUCAGAUUCGCGAAAACCACGGCGUGCGCGUUGUCAUUCCGGAUGAUCAAGGCGACUUGCCGGUCCUUCUCGUCUAUGAGGAUCGUGCACCUUCCCCGGAAUAUCAAUUCCCACGAGCCCCACCACAGGCAGCAGAAGCCAAGGCCUUCCAGCAGGCUCUCCAAGAUGCUCAGAAGGAGAUUAUGGCUCUCAUGAGCGGUAACGCUGAAAUUGUCUCAAGGGAUGUCGAGGCUCCUGCGAAAUUCCACGAAAAGAUCCGACGACAUGUCGACCGUCACCACCAGUCCAUUGGUGGUGACCGCAUCCCUGUGCAGGUGCAGUAUGGCGGCCCCCGAUCAGCCAACGCCAAACGUGCACCAGCUCCAAACGUUGCCCUUCGUGGACCACAGGACGCCGUGGAUGGCCUCAUGCAGAGCCUUCUUGCCUUUAUUGAGCAAGAGAAACAGGACGAGCUUGAGCGCGGUUUCACAUUAACUUUCGAUUUUCCACAGCAGCAUGCCAACCACCUGAUUGGUCGCAAGGGAGAGAAUAUCAACCGUUUGCGCGAGGAGUUCGAUGUCGACAUCCAGCUGAAUGAUGGAAAGUGUGAGAUCAAGGGCCCCGAAGCCAAAGCAAACGCAUGCAAGAAGCAUGUGCUAGAGUUGGCCAAGAAGUUCGAAGAUGAAACCWCUCACCAUCUGCAUGUCCCCGCACAAUACCACCGCGACCUCAUCGGCGCUCAGGGCAGCCAAGUCAACAGACUUCAGGACAGAUACAGUGUUCGCGUCAACUUCCCACGCAACAGACAGGGUACCGACGAGGACGGUGCGGAGGAGUCCGCGGCCGCUAAGCGUGGCAACCAGCAGCAGCCCAACGAAGUCAUCAUCAAGGGACCAAGCCGUGGAGCUGAUGCCUGUCGCGACGAGAUUUUGAGCCUGUUGCAGUACGUCAAGGACAACUCGCACACCGCUACCGUUUCCGUUGCGCAGAGCCAGCUCCCUUCACUCAUCGGGUCUGGGGGCAAAGAGAUGGACGCUUUGCGUCUCGAGACUGGUGCACAGAUUGAUGUACCAGGGUCCAGGGAUGCAGCUAGUCCAUCCGGCCGCGCGGAGAUCAAGAUCAAGGGAUCGAAGAAGUCCGUGGAGGAGGCCAAGAAGCUCAUUGAGGAGAAGGCGAAGGUCUUCGACAAUACCGUCACUCGUAACCUCGAGGUUGAGAAGAGGCACCAUCGUCUGAUUAUUGGAACCGGCGGCUCCAACGUGCGUAACAUAAUACUCCAAGCUGGGGGACCAGAGGACCAGCGUCUUCACAACCGCAUUAUUCGCUUUCCUAAGAGCGACCAGGAGGGUAACACGAUCCGUGUUGAGGGACAACAAUCCGUUGUUGAUGGCAUUUGCGCCGCUAUCGAGGCCCUUGUCCUCGACCAGGAGUCACAGAUUACUGAGAUGCUCGAGGUGAAGCCUGAGAAGCACCGGCUCCUCAUUGGUCGGGGAGGCGAGACGCGCAAACAACUUGAGCAGCAGUUCGCCGUCUCGAUCAAUGUCCCAAGACAGACCGAAACAGGUCCGCAGCGCUCACAGGUUCGCCUUCAGGGCAGACCGGAGAAUGUUGAAAAGGCCAAGGCUCACAUUUUGGAGCUCACCAAGGACCUCGAGGGCGAGACCGUGCAGGUUCCCCGUCGUCUCCACCACGUCAUUGCGGACAACGGUCAGUUCUUCCGCCGUCUGAGGAACGACCACAAGGUGACUGUGGACCACAAUGGUCAGCGACCUCCGCCGAAGCCAACGGCUCCGGCUCCGACUCGCGCAAACGGCGGCGCACUUCCUCUCAUCACCGACGACCCAUCCGCGGGCGGUCACUCAUGGGAGUCUCACUCUCUCCACACCUCAUCCGAGGAAGGCGACAUCCCAUGGACUCUUGCAGGACCAUCAUCCGAGGCGGUUGCUAGCGCCUGCGCCAAGCUUCAGCGUGCUCUUGAGGAAGCUUCAAGGCAGGACACGACUGGAUUCCUCAUCCUCCCUGACCCACGGGCUUACAGACAUGUCAUUGGCCCGGGUGGAAGCCAGAUAAAUGAGAUCCGCAAGAAGACCGGCACGAAAAUCCAAGUGCCUCGAGACCAGAACCAGGGCGAGGCUAUUGAGAUCACCGGAGACAAGGCCGGUGUUGAGCAGGCUCGAGACAUCAUCCUGGAGAUUGUGCAGAACAACGCUUAA